AUGAGCAUUCCACAGACGGAACGGGUCGAGCCUAGUUUCAAGCCACUAGAGCUCUCCUUCCCGUUGCCAAAAGCACUGCAUACAACAACUCAUGUGCAAUUGACCUUAUUGGACAAAUGUACAACUGUGUUCAUUACCACAUCUACACCUGGAGACUCGACGGGUUCCGUGAAGCCAUUGGGGAGCUUUGUGUAUGCUAUGCCAGAUCGGACAUCCCCCAAAUCCACAAUCUCAACUACUAUCUACACAACACCAGCAAGCAUUGAGUACACAACUCGCGUGGCCAAGAUCCUGGCACGACGGACCGGCAAGCCAAUUUAUGUUGGCUGCAGUAUUGACCCCAACGGACUGGGGUUGACAGUCGAAGAGGAGAUGGAGGGCUUAACCCAGAUUGUCAAUACUAUCGCUGAAAAGAUUGGACAGAAUUAA